CGUCCUCAGACAUUCCCUCCCCAUCUUCUCCCCAACCAGAGGAACCAGAAGUCCAGAACAAAAGGAAGCAUUUCCUUCUUCGUGCUCCCUUCAAGCGGUCUCUUGUGUUCUUGCUGUGAGACUGUAGAGGGAGAGGGGCUGGUGAGCUUGCCUGUGCGAUUCAUGUGUGCGUGUGUGUGAGAGAGAGGUGGCUUAGUAGCUUGGCCAUCUGGAGCAGUCGCCAUCUCUGCUUUUCUGCUCCUUUGCUUUCCCUGCCCAUCUCUUUUGGCCUCCGGCCUCCUCCCAAUCCCACUUUUGCUUUCCCACAUCUUUGCUUCAAUAAUGAUGGGGUGGUGGGUUUGGUCCUGAAGCUGUUGCUGCUGCAUCCCCACUGAUCUCUCUCCUUCUUCCUAGUCCAAAUCCACCAGCUGCUUCCUUCCAUCCCGCUUACCCUUUUCUCUUUUCAGCUAUAGUUGGGUAGUAGGUUGGUUCUGUUUGCCUUCCCCCUUUCUUCGCUUGCUUUUCGUUGCUGGGGAUUGGGAGACCUUGAAGCCAUUUCUUCCCUGUCCACAUCUUGCUCCUUGCAGGUGCUGCUGGUGGGAGCCUCUUGCAAUUGGCUCAAUUGGGCUCCUGAUUUCUUGAUUGGACUAGUGCCAACAACCAGUUGUCUUGUUGGCUUUCCUUCUUGCUCCAGCUGGUGCUCUGUUGAGAGCAAGAACCUUAGCCUAUUCUUGCGCUGGUUUCGUGGCUUCUUGCUGCGAAUUUUCUCAAGUUCGGGCGGCUCUUCCCCUUUUGGAGGUUGCCAUGAGACCGGAGGAGAGGAAUGGUGCGGUGGGCAGGGUGAGGGACCAGUUCCCGGUCGGCAUGCGGGUCCUCGCCGUCGACGACGACCCGGUGUGUCUCAAGGUGCUUGAGACCCUCCUGCGGCGCUGCCAGUAUCAUGUGACAACAACGAAUCAGGCUGUUAUCGCCCUGAGGAUGCUAAGGGAAAACAGGGACAUGUUUGAUUUAGUUAUCAGUGAUGUCCACAUGCCAGACAUGGACGGCUUUAAGCUUCUGGAGCUUGUGGGGCUUGAAAUGGACCUCCCUGUCAUUAUGAUGUCGGUGAAUGGAGAGACCAAAACUGUAAUGAAGGGGAUAACUCAUGGUGCUUGUGACUAUCUCCUAAAACCUGUUCGACUUGAAGAGCUUAGGAAUAUCUGGCAGCAUGUUGUUCGAAGGAAAUUCAGUAACCGUGAACGUGCCAAUGUUGAUCCCUAUGAGGAGUGCAAUAAGCCAGCAAAUGCAGAUUUUGAUCAUGUCCACAGCCCAAUUACAUGUGGGUCACCUGACCAAAGUGGGAGACCCAGCAAGAAGAGGAAGGAAUACCAUAGUGAAGAGGAAGAUGAAGGCGAGGAGAGUAAUGGUCAAGAGAACGAUGACCCUUCAGCUCCAAAGAAGCCAAGGGUUGUUUGGUCGGUAGAACUGCACCGGAAAUUUGUUGCUGCUGUUAACCAGCUUGGAAUUGAGAAAGCUGUGCCAAAGAGGAUACUUGAGCUCAUGAAUGUUGAAAAACUCACCAGGGAAAACGUUGCAAGUCACCUACAGAAGUACAGACUCUAUCUCAAACGGCUAAGUGCUGUGGCAUCGCAACAAGCUAGCAUUGUUGCUGCUUUGGGAGGUAGUGACCCCUUUAUGCGCAUGGGUGCAUUUGAAGGACUCCAGGCUUAUCAAGCUUUUACCUCUUCAGCAGCUCUGUCAUCUUUUAGCCCUCAGGGGUUAUUAAAUAGAAAUAAUCCAACAUCAUUUGGGCCAAUUCAGAUUGCAACCGGCAAUUCCACAACAAGCCAUUCCAUUGGUGAUCCAAGUAAAUAUCACCUUAGCUUACUGAGUAACCGACAAGGAAAUUUAGCACAAGGUUUGACAGCUUCAGUUGGGCAGGUCCAGCUGCCACAAAAGUGGAUCCAUGAAGAAUCUGACGAUCUGUCUACUAUCCUUUCUGGGAAUGGCCUGGCUAAUGGUGCUCCUGGCACACUCCAAAGUGUCACAAACAGUCCUUUUCUGCAGCAAGAGCUUGUGGAAUGCAGACAAGCCAAAGUUGUUAUCCAGCCACCAAUUAAAACUUCAUCUGCAAGUUCAGAACAUCUUGAAGGCAACGUUGGAGUUUCCUCCAGUCUGAUGGAUUCUCAUGUAUCCCAGCAGAGUAGUCUUCCCUUAUCUGCAUUUUCUUCCAGUGGGCUGACUAUAAAUGGCUCAUUUGGCAAUAAUAAUGUAGCUAAGUUGGGUGCUGCAUCCUCUGGAGGCACACAUAUUUGUCCUUCAAACGGCCUGAGGGUAGCAAGAGACAACAAAGUGGGAGCUAGCUCUUUUGGUAGUGUGAUACUUUUGCCUCCAGAUACUGUGCAAAACCCAAAGUACUUGAAUUUUGGGGGUGGGAGCAGUUUGAGACAGAACAUGGAUGGAGGGAAUGCAGACAGUCUAUUGGAUUCAAAGCUUGUAUGGAGUUCAUUACCGAGCUGUCAACUAUCAAGUAAUAUUGGAGGUCAUCAUCCCGUGAGCCAAAGACCGAAUAAUGGUAGCCUUGGUGCCAGAAUGAUUGGACAGACAAGUGCAAGUGCUUCGACAGCUGCUCCACAAACGAAGAUUGACAUGUUCAUUUCAGGAGAUUUUCUGACGCAAAAGAAUGCAUCGGAUUUGAGCUUUCCUAAGCUCCAGAGUGAGCUUAGUUCUACUAGCUGCAGCUUCGAUGGUCUUCUCAAUUCCAUAAUCAAAGUGGAAAAGGAUGAUGCUUCCUUCAGCGAUGAUCUGGGAUGUGACUUCUAUUCCCUGGGCGCGUGUAUAUGAAAGCCAUCGCCACAUAUCUGCAGCUGUGUACAUCUCUCAUUGCAUGCUGUGAAGCUAGCGUUAAUCUUAGGUCGACUGUGCUACCCCUAUUCGUGUUGUUCACCGUCCAGCAGUUACAGUAUUUAGUACUAACUAGGUUUGUAUGUAAUGUAGCAGUAAGAUACCUGGAAGAUAAGGUGCAUUGCUAGAGACAAUUUGUUUCAGCUUAAGAUUAUAAUAAGCUAGAGACAAUGAUGGCUUGUAAGUUGUAACCUGAGCCGUGGGCUCUGUCCUCACGGAGACCAGUGGAUGCGUCAUGCGUGGCGUGGAGUAAUUAGACGUGGGCUUCGAUUUGAAA